AUGGCUUCCAGGCCUGAAUCAAUUUCUGGCGGUUGUCUUUGCGGCUCCAUCAGAUACAAGCUGGUGUUUCCAGAGGAUGCAGCGUGGCCAGCCAAUGGAGCCACUUGUCAAUGCACAAUGUGCCGCAAGUGGACUGGGGCGUUGGUCUCCCAUGACCUUCUUAUUCACCCGUCCCAACUUGUCGGCGACAUUACCAAAUGCACAACCUACAAAGAAUACCAGUCAAGCGAAACCGCUGUCCGGUCUUUUUGCUCUCAAUGUGGGAGCGGACUCACAUGGCGAAUCAUUGGUGUGGACGACAUGAUUGUCAUCAUGACGGGUACACUUGAUGAAGAAACAUUGAUUGGGAAAAAAGUCGAGGGCAGUGAGGAGAGUACCGAACUCGGCAUCAAGUUCGAUCGACAAGGUGGACUUUACAAGGAGCUCUGCAUGCCGAUCAUGGGCAAUCUAUUCUGGAACAAUGUGAUUCCUGGUGUCACUGAUCAUGAUGUUGGAGGGACCAAAUUCUUACAAUCGUUUCCGCAAGAAUGA